AAUAAGAUAGACAGACCCCAUACAGAGGCAUUAAGAGAAGAUACUUAAAUUUGUAAUGUCAUGCAUGGUCAUAACCAAAAAAUACACAAUGAAGAGGUAAACUGUUAUACACACGGUCCUUUCAAGUUAGUUCCAGUCCAGUGUUUGUUAAUAAGGCACACAUUGCUAGAGGCCCAUGCAUAUUUAACUAGAAAACCAUCCCAGAUCAAAGUUAUUCCACUUGCAUCAAGCUGACAAGUAAGGAAAGGCUCAGCUCACCUCAACAAACACUGCUGCUGGUCUGAUAGAAGUGAAGAGGGAUUAUAGUAAUGUCUGUCCUGCAGGGCAUCAAUCCCAACAUAAGGAAGAUGAAGCAGUUAGAGUAUGGAGCCCUGGCAAGUCGAGCAAACCAGAUCAAGGAAGAGCUCAGAAAGGGAGUGAGAAGACACUACAAAGAAGUGAUAGACGUAUCUUGGGGUGACUCACACAGGGCAGGAGUGAAACCUCUGACAUUUGUCAGACAGGUUCUUGCAGCAUGUGUUUACCCACCGCUUAUCAAUAGCAACAAUCUGCCACUGGACGUCAGGCAGAGGGCCCAGAAGCAGCUGGGGACAUGUGCCGGAGGGAGUGUAGGAUCAUAUACUGAAACAGCUGGUGUAUCAGAAAUAAUCCACAGCAUCUCUGAAUUCAUAAAGAGACGAGAUGGUGGAAUUCCAUCACAACCUGAGAACAUUUACAUCAGCGCUGGCUCACAGUGGUCAAUCGGGAACAUUCUCCAUGUCUUAGUGAACAGUGAGGCUUCACCCAAAACAGGUGUGUUAAUUCCAGUGCCAUGCCACAUCACCACAGCUGUGUCCAUAACGGGGCUUGGUGCAGUCACCGUCCCUUAUUACCUGAGUGAGGAGCAGGACUGGGCGCUGCAGGUGGAAGAGCUACAGCGAGCGCUUGAAUCUGCAAAGGGAGUCUGUAACCCUGUGGCUCUGUAUGUCAUCAACCCUGGAAAUCCAACAGGUUAUGUUCAAAGCCGAAAAUCAGUACAAGAGGUGAUCCGGUUUGCUUCGGAAAAAGGACUCUUCCUUCUAGCUGAUGAGGUCUAUCAGGACUCUGUUUAUGGGAAAAACAGUGAGUUUGUCUCCUAUAAAAGGGCUCUGAGCGAGAUGGGGCCUCCUUUCUCAGGCACAGUGGAGCUGGCGUCCUUCCACUCAGUGUCCAAAGGCUUCUUGGGAGAGUGUGGGCUGCGUAGUGGAUAUGUUGAGCUGGUAAAUCUGGAUCCCGCUGUCAUGAACUACAUCCAAACACUAUUCUCCAAAGAUUCUUCCUCACCAGUUUUAGGUCAGAUUGCCCUAGAUCUGAUGACAGACCCUCCAAAGCCAGGAGACCCCUCAUAUCCGCUUUAUAAUCAGGAGACCCAACACAUGAGGACUGUGCUGGUUCAAAAUGCGAAAAGAAUCCACAAGGUUGUUGAGAACCUGCCGGGAUUGAGCUGCCCACCAAUAGGAGGAGGAUUUUAUGCUUUCGUCAGACUGCACCUCACACCAAAAUCCAUCCAGAAAUCCAAGGAAUUGGGACUGCAGCCAGACACGUUCUACUGUAUGAAACUUCUAGAAGAGGGUGGAGUGCUUACUACUCCUGGCUGUGAGUACGGACAAAAGGAAGGCACCUACCACAUCAGGCUUUUUAUUAUGAUCCCUCGAGACAUCAUGGAGGAAUUACUGAGACGCCUGACCGGCUUCCACAUCAAGUUUAUGAAGGAUUUCUCUUAAAAAGGAAAAAAAGUUCCCUCUUCACUGUUUCUUUUUCCUGUAUUCACACAACCCAAUGUAAACAAAUCAUUUUCCUCCUGUUGGAAUGGCAAUAUUUAUUUUAAUAUGGUAUUUAUUGCAUACAAUCUUUUAAUUGACCUUUGACCAGCCAUCUUUUGUCACUACUCAUUAGAGUAAGAUCCAGCUUCAGCUUUUCAGAAUACCAGCUAACCAUUUAUUACAAGUUCAAAAUUCAAACAGAGGCCUCACACCUGUAAGUUACCUUAAAAAAAAAAAAAAAAAAAAAAAAACAAAGCAAACAGCAGUCUUUUGUCACUUAAU